AUGCAUAUGAAAGACGCAUCCAACAACCCUCAACAAGCACCGCGAUCUGAUAAGAAAGAACCUCAUGAAGCAACAGAAAUUGAAACCAUUGAACGUGAACAACGAGCAGUAGUAGAACGAAUGAUGCAGGUCCAAAUACAACAAGCACGAGUAAAGCAUUUACUCGAUGUAUUACAAUCUUUAGACGAUGAUGAAGGUCAUGACUGA